AUGAUCUUUCCGUCACGGACAGUGGGACGUGUCAAGAAAAAACUCUCUCAUUGGCUAUAUCGCUCUAACGUCAUUUUUCUGCGCCUAAAACUGAAACCCAGUGCUCCAGAGAGUGCUUAUAAAAUGUACAUGCAUCACCGGUAGCACAGGGGGUCAACAUAUGUGCGAACGAUUAUGUCCGAACCAUGGCUUUACCCGACAGUUUUACUCUGCAUAUAUGGAUUUUUCAGCAGCCACAGACCACUGGAAGCUUUCCUAAUGCCGUUUUUGAUGGGACCUGAUAAAAACCUGACAGAGACAGAGGUUGUGAGCGAGAUCUACCCAUUAUGGACAUAUUCCUACCUUGCCCUGCUCUUCCCUGUUUUCCUGGCCACAGAUUACCUUCGCUACAAACCUGUGAUUAUUCUCCAGGCGGCCAGCUAUGUAGUGACGUAUGCUUUGCUCGUGAAGGCCCAGGGUCUGCAGGCCAUGCAGAUAGUGGAGGUCUUCUUUGGUCUGGCAACUGCCACUGAAAUUGCUUACUAUUCCUACAUAUACAGUGUCGUGGAGCCGUCUCAUUAUCAGAUGGUGACUGGAUUUUGUCGCAGCGUGACUCUUUUAGGCUCAGCCAUGGGCUCUCUUCUUGGACAGAUUCUGUUCUCUGUAGCAGAUAUUGCACUGUUUUACCUGUGUGUCAUCACACUCGUGUCUUUCUGCAUCGCCUUUGUUGCCCCUUGGUUCUUACCGAUGCCCAGUAAGAGCCUUUUCUUUCACCAAAGUGAGAGCAGCUCUCAGGAUGAAGCAGUUCUGGAAACCGUGAACACGAGUCCACUGAUUGAGAAGCCAGAGGAUCCUGAAUCCAACAAGCAGCCUAAUGCAAAUGAGAAAACGACUCUGAAAAGUAAUACCAGCAGCAGUGGAUUACUGGACGUAUUAAAAAUGCUGUGGACCGACUUCCUGCAGUGCUACUCCUCCUCCACCCUACUGGCUUGGUCUGUGUGGUGGGCUUUGUCCACUUGUGGUUACCUCCAAGUGAUUAACUAUGCUCAAGCACUUUGGGAGGAUAUCUUAACUUCCAAAAAUUACGACAUCUACAAUGGAUACGUGGAGACCAUUUCUACAUUGCUUGGUGCUUUUGCGGCAUUUGUUGUCGGCUAUGUAAAGGUGUCCUGGGCCGUGUGGGGAGAACUUGCGCUCUGCAUUUUCACUGUUGUAAUUGCAGUGUGUGUGUACCUCAUGUACGCUGUCAGAAAUAUCUGGGUUUGCUACACCUCCUAUAUAAUCUUCAGGGCUGUCUACAUGCUUCUCAUCACCAUUGCAACGUAUCAGAUUGCUGCAAACCUAAGCAUGAAACGAUACGCUUUGGUUUUCGGGGUAAACACAUUCAUCGCACUCUCGCUGCAGAUGCUUCUCACAGUGAUUGUAGUAGACUCUGCUGGUCUACACCUGGAGAUUUCCAUACAGUUUUUGAUCUACGCCAGUUACUUUGCAGCAGUAGCUGUGAUAUUCUUUAUCGCUGGGCUGUAUAAACUGUUCAGAAGCAGGACGUCUGGAGGACAGAAUGAAUUGUCUUCAGCAGAGGCUUGAAACAACUCGCAUCAGCAUCUGUUAAGCACAAGGUUCUAAAGAUAUACUCUGUUUAACUGAAUGAGUAGGUCAAAAUAAUAGGAAAGUCAGCUUUGCCAAAUUCGUUUGAUCGAUCCAACUUUAAAAAUUUUAUAAGCACUGAUGAUAAUGAUUGUGACUGAAUAUUGUAAGUGGCUGCUGUGGUUCACUGAUUAUGUGGGACAAAAUGCAUUUAUGUAAAUGAUACCAUUAUGAUGCCUUACUGAAUGGCUGUUACUUGAAACUAAGAAACUAUAGCUAAAAAAAAAAAUCUGUUUUGAUUCAUGGGGGUCAUGAAGUGCCAUUUCACGAGUUUUGUUUCACAAGGUUAGUUUGCUAUAUAUAUAUAUUAUAUAUAAAUAUAUAUAAAAAUGCUGUAAAAACGGUUUAAUAUUUUGCCACCUUUAAAUUGGUUCUGUCUGCAUUCCAAGCAGUUUUGAAAUGCUGAGCUCUGAAGCAUUUGUGUUGUGCAUAGCAAAAAUUAUAUAAGGAACAAGUCUAUUUCAUGCAUGAAAACAUCAGGGACACUAAAUCCUCUUAAAUCUAUAAAUUUUGAUUUUUUUGGAGCAGGUCGAAUGUUAAUGGAACAUUCUAAUCCAAAAUCCAAUGCAACGAUUAAAUUGAAUGCUGAUCUAGUUCAUAUUUUAGGUUGGAAAUAAAUCUUGUUCAGGUAUAAUGACAGAGCUAAAUAUUUUGUCCAAUGCAGAAGUUAAUUAUAGGUGGGAAUAUGGUGGAUAAUUAAACUUUCCCUUUUUUUUUUUUUUAGAGCAUGGGUGCCCAAACUUAGUCCUGUAGGCCCGGUCUUCUGCAUAAUUUAGCUCCAACUUCUUUAAACACACCUUACUGGAAGUUUCUAGAAUAGCUGGAAAUAGCUUGAUUAGCUGGUUCAUGUGUGUUUAACUGGGGUUGGAACUAAAAUAUGCUGGACAACGGCCCUCCAAGACCAAAGUUGGGCACCCCUGCUUUAGACAGAAAGCUGGAAGUGCUACUGCAAUUUCUCUGUAGAGAUGAAUACGGGUGAAAUGACAAUAUUUACUGUUGUAAUUAAGAUCCAGCAUUAGUAGAAUGUAAGUUAUGGUGCAAUCUGCUAGAAAACUGACAAUUAUUCAGCAUGCUUUGCUUUACAUAUAAAAUAUUUCAGUUAUUUUAUCUGCGCUACAACAGUUUGUAAAAUAGAUAGCUUCCCUUCUAUGGUAAAAUAAAGGGAAUCAGUUUUACUAAAGCAUGGGAGGAUUAGGAGUUCUGCAUUUAAAUAUCUACAUCAAUAUGCUGAGUCUUUUAGUUGAUUUGUAUAAUGGCAUUCUCUCAAUUUUGUUAACAGCACUAUCCAUCACAUUUUAAAUGUUGGCUUUUAUAUCACAUCUUGCUCCCUGAGAUUUUCCUGAUUGGUCUUUUGUAUUCAAAGCGCUGAUUGGCUCACAAAUAGAAAAGAGACACGCACAGAAAAAGAAUUUGACUUUGGUAGGACUUCAGAUUACACUUUUCAAAUUUAUACAUAAAAAGUCUCAAUAUACACUAGUUAAAAAAGGAAACUUUGCAUCAUAUUAAUAAGUGAUCAUAGAAUAAGUCAAAUAACUCAUUUUUAGGAGAACCUUGUCAUUCAAAGGUGGCGAUUUAUUAAUAAAUCGUAAUUUUUCAUUCUCAUUUUCAUACUUGAUGUCAAGCAGUGUUAGCUUGUGCAGUACUAAAAGUAAACGGCCAUUGCUGUGAUUGGACAGACUUUACAGCAAUGUCGAUAAAAAUUUUGAAAUUUUUUUAUCGACUUCACAGUCGAUAAAAAUUUAACUUGUUAUCUCCCAAUUUCAACUCCAAGCAUUUCUUAAGGAUCGUACACAAUUUCUCUACAACUAAAAUAAAACAUAAGUGAUUUAAAAAUGAUAUGCGUUUAUUAGAAACAUUUAGAUUUGUCCAUCUCAUGACCCCUUAAAACAUAAUACAGAAAAAUAUCUGUUAAGUUAUACAUUCAUUAAAGCUAUUUAUUUCCCUAGUCUAUUGUAUGAAGGUGGACGAUAUAAUGAACUUGUAUAUCGUUAACAAGAAUUAGGCCAAUACAAGUUGGCCACUAUAAUGGCUAGUUUGAAUUUCGCUACUUUUUGUUUUCUUUCCUUUGUCGUUUUUUGUUGUUGUUAAAUGUAUUCCAACUGUUCAGAAGAGGGUGACCAUUUGCACAAUGACUAACUGAUUUUUGUUAUUGUUGUUGAAUAUAAUAUAUUUUUGUUAGCAAAACU